CUGCGGAUAUUUUAGAUCCUGUGUCACUGGGGCUGGGUCACUUCCCUGGGUUGAUGACCCGAACCUUUUAAUGGGGCUGCGCAGUUUCUACUGGGAAAGUAUAUCCGGGGUCUUUCAAGUCUUAUCUUAAACAGGAACGAUUUUUUUUUUCUUUUUUCGUCCCUUGUGGAGCUCCAGGGCCAUUUGGAAUUGCCAUUUGGGAUUUGGCCCACAAAUAAGAAAGGAUCAGCUUGUCUGGAUAGUUAUUUGUUGCAUUCUACCUAAAGUGCCAUUCAAGACUUCUCUUAGGAGCAGAAGUGGGUUUGAUCUCCACAGGUCAGACCUUACAGGGAAGCAUUCCUUUGGGUGUGAAUCAUGCCCAGAGAGUCAAGAGAAGCGGCAGCCCUAUCCACUACAAUUCAUCCUCCACAGGAGCAAGAAGGACUUCUGAUAGUGAAAGUGGAGGAAGAAGAUUGUACCUGGAUGCAUGAGAAUACGCUUCCCAGUAUGGAGACCUUUAACCAGCGUUUCAGACAGUUCCAGUACUAUGAAGCAUCCGGGCCCCGGGACGCUCUCAGCCAACUAAGGGUGCUCUGUUGUGAGUGGCUGAGGCCCGAGAUGCACACAAAAGAACAAAUCCUAGAGCUGCUAGUUCUGGAACAGUUCUUGGCCAUCUUGCCUGGGCAGCUUCAGGCGUGGGUGAGACAACAUCAUCCAGAAAGUGGGGAGGAGGCUGUGGUUUUGUUGGAGGAAUUACAGAGAGACUUUGAUGAACAAGGAGAAGAGGUUGCUGCCUAUCCAGAAGUACCCCUUCAGGAAAUGAUGCAACAGAGAAUGGUGCAGGAGUCCCUGAAUGUCCAGCUCCAUCCCAUGGACACCCAGUCUGAGAGUGGUCCCCAGAAACCUCUCUCCUUAGAGGCAAAUGCUCUGCCUGUUUCCCAGAUUCCGGCUGUUCCUCAGAAGGGAAAUCUUAGAGACCAGCAGAUGGCAGCUGCAUUUCACAUGACUGGGGCCCAAACAUUGGUGAAAAUUGAGGAUGUGGCCGAUGUGGCUGUAUCUUUUAUCCUGGAAGAAUGGGGGCAUUUGGACCAAACUCAGAAGGACCUCUCUAGGAAUGACAGACAGGAGAAUUAUGAGACUUUUACCUCAGUGGAUUAUGAGCCCAGGAAUGAGAAUAUGGAGCUGAUUGUAAAGCAGGAAAUUUCUGAAGAAGCAGAAUCACUCUGGAUGACCCCAGGAAGUAUCCAAAAGAAUGAUUCUCAGGAUCGAGAAUAUGAAGAACUCUCUAACUAUGGAAGCCACUUAGAAAGACAACAGGAAAAUUAUACAGUGGAUAAACCAAAGCAAUGUCCUUCCCAGAAAAGGGGUUUCAGGGAUAUUAUAGACAUUAAUAAAAAACAAACCAUGAGGGUGGAAAAAGGUCAUAAAUGUAAUGACUGUGGCAAAUUCUUCCUUCAAGCCUCAAACUUUAUUCAACAUCGGCGAAUCCACACUGGCGAGAAACCAUUUAAAUGUAAUGAAUGUGGGAAAAGCUAUAAUCAGCGUGUGCACCUUACUCAGCAUCAGAGAGUCCACACUGGUGAGAAACCAUACAAAUGUCAGGUGUGUGGAAAAGCUUUCCGUGUGAGCUCACAUCUUGUUCAGCAUCAGACUGUCCACAGUGGAGAGAGGCCUUAUGGAUGUAAUGAGUGUGGGAAAAGCUUCGGUCGGCAUUCACAUUUGAUCGAACACCUGAAACGCCACUACAGAGAGAAAACCCGUCAAUGUGGUGAGAAAAGGAGUAAGAACAUGAAGGUCCUAAAGAAGAAAAUUUCUGAUGCCACAGAAACAUACAGAGACAUAUCAGCAAAAAUUCAAAAGGAUGUUCCACAAGGUCAGGAGUUUGGGGACAGCCGUGAACAUGAAGGCUGGUUAGAUAGGCAACAGGGAAAGCUCACAGGGAUGAUACUGGGGAAACCCCCUUCACAGGAGAGAAGUUUUAGAGAAAUUAUAGAUAUCCACAAAAAAACUACGGGAGAGAGACCACAUAAAUGUGAUGAAUGUGGGAAAAGCUUCAUUCAGAGUGCACACCUCAUUCAACAUCAGCGAAUACACACUGGGGAGAAACCCUUUAAAUGUGAUGAAUGUGGGAAAAGUUAUAAUCAACGUGUACACCUUACUCAGCAUCAGAGAGUCCACACAGGGGAAAAACCCUAUCAGUGUCCCUUGUGUGGAAAAGCUUUCCGGGUCAGGUCGCAUCUUGUUCAACAUCAGAGCGUUCAUACUGGAGAGAAACCCUUUCAGUGUAAUGAAUGUGGGAAAAGCUUUGGGCGGCGCUCACACCUAGCUGGACAUCUAAGACUCCAUUACCGUGAGAAACCAAACCAGUGUCAUGAAUGUGGGGAAAAUUUCCAUCAGUAUAACAGCCUAAUUGAGCAUCAGAUGAUUCAUAGAGGCCAGAGUCCUCAGGAAGAUGGCACUUGUGGGAAAGCGUAUGGUUGGAAUUUAUCAUUGGUUGAAAAUAAGGAGGUACUUAUGGAAGAUAAACCCUAUAAAUGUGAUAUAUGUGGGAAAGCUUUUUGUUACAGUUCACACCUUGUUCAGCAUCAUAGAAUGCACACUGGAGAGAAACCCUAUGAAUGUGAUAUAUGUGGGAAAAACUUUGGCCAGCGUUCUCACUUAACUCAACACCAGAAAAGCCACUCCUGCAAGAAACCUCAUCAGUGUAAUGAAUGUGGGAGAGCCUUUGCACUAAAGUCACAUCUUAACCAACAUCAGAGAAUACACACUGGUGAGAAACCCUUUCAGUGCAAGCAAUGUGGAAUGAGUUUUAGUAGGAGUUGCAGCCUCAUAAAACAUUUGAGAAGCCAUGAGAGGACAGACCCCAUAAGCAGCUUCAGCACGUAAACAACUUCAGUUUGGAGAAUAAGUUUUAUUCAACUUUAGAGAACUUCUCCCAUAGAAAACCCUUAUUAGUGUAAUGAAUGUAGUAACAAUAUUUAGUUGCAAUUCAGACUUUUAUUUACAUUUUCUAUUUAUUGUUUGGAGGAUCUACAUUGAAGAAAAAGAUUCAUUGUUAAGAUUGGGAAAUACGUCACUUAGGUUCACCUAAAAUAAGGCAGCCUAAAAGAAUGUGAUGGAUGAGUGAAAGCAUUUGAAUGACACUCUUGUCCAUGACCUUUAGAGAAUAGACGCUGGGGAGAAUGAUCUUGAAUAUGAUAGACUUGAGUCUAUUCAUUCGUAGUGCCUGCUUUAAUUCACAUCAAGGAUUCCAUAUAGGUCGAGACAGUGAAUCAGUUAAACAAGUCUUACACAGGCUAUGAGAUAAAAUCCUCAUUACUGAGCUCCUUCAGAAGAAAUCUUUUAACCUAUGAAGGGCUCUAGUUGAAUCCUAAUUUGAACAUUAAACACUUUAAAAAGAAGUUGGCUUAGGGUGUCUGUGUUUGGGGACUUGGGAGCCCAAAAGGCUGGUAAACCAUCUCAAGCACUUCGUUUAUUAAAAGACUUCUUCAUGAGACCCAAUCCACAUUUUAUUGCUCAGGUCAGAAUAGAUAUUAGAAAGGAGACUUCAUACUAAGCGAUCUAGGGCCCGACUGGAUAUUUAGCUAAUAUUUAAGCAGCAGAGGGGAAUGACAUAGUGUGGCUGAGUGGUCUAAAGCGCUAGAUUAAGGCUCAAGUUUCUUCUGUGGUCUGAGUUUGAAUCCCAUCAUUAGGAAUGGACCUGUAAGUCAUUUUUACAUUUGGGGGCAAUUCUG